AACACCCGAACAUUUCACCAGAAGCUACAGGCUGGAACAUCGAGACAGGGAGAAACCACUGGGAGAAACUUCGAUCCCGUUGAAAGACCCCAACAUUUGUGGAGAAGCUCACACACAUACACCAAGCUGGCCUUCCCGGGGUUUGGAGGCCACUGCGGGGCGGGGGGCUCGGCCGGGAUGUACCUCAAAUCAGCCCCCUACUCCAUGAAUUCUAUAGGCCUAACUAUGGCGGGGGUUGACAGCCUGCACACGUCUAUGGCAUACCCGGCGCCCAGUGAAUACCUCUAUGGUAGUUAUGCACCCGCCAGGAAGCAGAGGCGCGAGAGAACAACAUUUACAAGAGCACAACUGGAUGUUCUUGAAUCUCUGUUUACUAAGACAAGAUAUCCGGAUAUUUUCAUGAGAGAGGAGGUUGCACUCAAGAUUAACCUCCCAGAAAGCCGCGUACAGGUGUGGUUUAAGAACAGGCGCGCUAAAUGCAGACAGCAGCAGAAACAACAAGCGGCCGGGGCUGAGAAGACACCCAGGGUUAAAAAGACAGCGAAGUCGCCUCCUCCUACCACACAAACCAACCCCCAGAGCGGCCAAACCACCCCGGGAGGACCUGCCUCACCUACCACGGGGGGGCACAGAGACACCACUCCCCCGUCACCCCCACCCACUGUCAGUUCAGCGCCUCCUUUGCCUCUCCCUGCUUCGUCAUCAACUGCUUCCACUUACAAUCCAAUCUGGUCUCCUGCCUCUAUUCCUCAUACAGCUUCUUCCUCUUCUAUUCCGCCCAUGGGUGACUUAAUGAACCCGCCCUGCUUGGAGAGAGGGGGUUACGGGGGGGUGAGUCAGCAGGCAGCAGCAGCAGCAGCGUGUUAUCAAGGCUACGCUGGCCCUGCUUACUAUACAAAUAUGGAUUACUUAACUCCAAUGUCCCACUCACAGAUUAAUGUUCCGGUAAGCACUAUGGCCACGCUGAACCACAUGGGGGGCGGCGGGGGGCAGCAAAUGAGCGGGGGUCAUACCUCCCUUGUAUCAUCAUCCCUCGGGGGAGCCUCUAGCGGUACCCUGGGGGCCUCACUGGGUGUAGGGGGGGCGGGGCAGUCCUCCCUGAGCCCCCGGACGCCCCCCUCCCUCAACUCCCUCACCCCCCUCCCCCAAGACUGUCUGGAAUAUGGAGACAAGAAUUCUGGAACUGCCUGGAAAUCAUAUCAGAGCUUCCAGGUGUUGUGAAGCGUGUUUGGGGGUGUUUGGCGGUGUUUGGCGGUGUUUGGCGGUGUUUGGCGGUGUUUGGG